GUACUGUUGCAGACGUAGGCUCCAUCUACAGCAUCCAAUAUCUUGUUUUUACUUUUCAUCUCCGAAAUUCCCUGUUUGUUUUACGGAAAAAAAAACAAUACAUAACUGAACCAGUAACAAAGAACGGCGUCCGGGAUGAGGUCCUACCAGUUCUUCCUCGUCCUGGUAUUAUGCUGUCAACUGGCUCAUGCAGAGAUUGACAGAAGAAGAUUUUCCAACCCGACUUAUUACAAUGUUGGAGGUGUUCUUUCUAGCAACGAAUCCAUAGCUUUCUUCAAGGAUACUAUCUCGAAUCUCAAUUUUAAAGAUCAAUACGUACCGCGUGGCGUCACAUAUCAUGAUUAUUCAAUUCUAAUGGACCCUAAUCCGAUAAAAACUGCCCUCAACGUUUGCAAAGAUUUAAUUGCUCAUAGAGUUUACGCAGUAGUGGUUUCCCAUCCGCUAACUGGAGAUUUAUCACCAGCUGCUGUUUCAUAUACCAGCGGGUUUUACCACAUACCGGUCAUAGGGAUAUCAUCGCGCGACUCAGCGUUCUCCGACAAAAAUAUCCACGUUUCAUUCCUGCGCACUGUGCCACCGUAUUCGCAUCAGGCUGACGUAUGGGUUGAUGUCCUCAAACACUUUAACUACAUGAAAGUUAUUGUCAUUCAUAGCUCGGAUACCGACGGCAGAGCUAUUUUGGGCAGGUUCCAGACAACAUCUCAAAGUAUAGACGAGGACGUUGAUCGUAAAGUCGUAGUCGAACUGGUUAUCGAAUUCGAGCCUGGCCUUGAUUCUUUCACAGAGAGCCUUAUGGACGUAAAAAGUGCCCAAGCCAGAGUAUUUCUCAUGUAUGCAAGUAAAACUGAUGCUGAAAUAAUAUUCCGUGAUGCCACAUACCUUAAUAUGACUACUGUUGGAUACGUUUGGAUGGUUACAGAGCAAGCGUUGGACGCUGCCAAUGCACCGGAAGGCUUGUUAGGAUUGCGUCUUGUAAACGCAACCAAUGAACACGCACACAUUCAGGACUCGAUAUACGUUUUGGCGUCAGCUAUUCGCGACAUGAACACUUCAGAAGAGAUCCACGCGCCGCCGUCGGAUUGCGACAAUUCUGGAUCCAUUUGGACAACGGGAAGAUUAUUGUUUGAUUACAUAAGGAAGCAAAGUUUAGAGAAUGGAGCGACUGGACACGUAGCGUUCGAUGAUCACGGAGAUCGUGUGCAUGCGGAAUAUGACAUGGUGAACGUUAGGGCACAAGGCGAGCACGUCGCGGUGGGAAAGUACUUUUAUUCGAAGGAAACACAAAAAAUGCGUCUGGAAUUGAAGGAACAUGAGAUAAUUUGGAUGGGUCGAAGUACUUCCAAACCUGAGGGCUUUAUGAUACCUACACAUUUAAAGGUUUUAACAAUUGAAGAAAAACCUUUUGUUUAUACUCGACGUAUUGACGACGGUAGCGAAUGUUAUCCGGAAGAAAUACCUUGUCCUCACUACAAUGCUAGCGACGAAACAGGUCAACUUUAUUGCUGCAAAGGGUUUUGUAUGGACCUCUUGAAAUACCUUUCAAAGGCUAUUAACUUUACGUAUUCGGUGGCUCUUUCGCCAGACGGGCAGUUUGGUAAUUACAUAAUACGUAAUUUAUCUGUUCCUGGAUCUAAGAAAGAAUGGACUGGCCUUAUCGCUGAGCUAGUGUACGAACGGGCGGAUAUGAUUGUCGCACCUCUAACCAUCAAUCCCGAAAGGGCAGAGUUCAUCGAGUUCAGUAAGCCUUUUAAGUAUCAAGGAAUAACAAUUCUUGAAAAAAAGCCUUCUCGAUCGUCGACCUUAGUGUCCUUCUUACAACCAUUUUCUAACACUCUCUGGAUUUUGGUUAUGGUGUCUGUACACGUUGUUGCUCUCGUGCUAUAUCUUUUGGACCGAUUUUCUCCUUUCGGAAGAUUUAAGCUCGCAAAUAUCGAUGGAACCGAAGAAGAUGCAUUAAAUCUAUCGAGUGCUAUUUGGUUUGCUUGGGGCGUCCUAUUGAAUAGUGGAAUUGGCGAAGGCACACCGCGAAGCUUUUCAGCUCGAGUACUGGGUAUGGUCUGGGCAGGCUUUGCAAUGAUCAUUGUUGCUUCUUAUACUGCUAAUUUAGCCGCGUUCCUUGUACUUGAACGACCUAAAACAAAACUUACUGGAAUCAACGAUGCUAGAUUACGAAACACAAUGGAAAAUUUAACUUGUGCGACUGUGAAAGGCUCGGCGGUGGACAUGUACUUUAGAAGACAGGUGGAACUUUCAAAUAUGUAUCGAACUAUGGAGGCAAAUAAUUACGACAGCGCAGAGCAAGCUAUUCAAGAUGUAAAAGAUGGAAAAUUAAUGGCUUUCAUUUGGGAUUCCUCGCGUCUGGAAUUUGAAGCAGCUCAAGACUGUGAGUUGGUGACAGCAGGAGAAUUAUUUGGAAGAUCAGGCUAUGGCGUUGGAUUACAGAAAGGAUCACCUUGGGCAGACUUAGUAACGCUUGCAAUAUUGGAUUUCCACGAGAGUGGUAUAAUGGAGUCACUCGAUAAUCAAUGGAUUCUGCGAAAUAAUAUGUUGAAUUGCGAAGAAAAUGAAAAAACACCAAACACUUUAGGUUUGAAAAACAUGGCUGGUGUCUUCAUAUUGGUGUUGGCUGGCAUAAUAGGGGGUAUUGUACUUAUCGUCAUCGAGGUUGUCUAUAAACGACAUCAGAUAAGAAAACAGAAGAGAUUGGAAAUAGCGAGACAUGCAGCCGACAGGUGGCGCGGAGCCGUUGAGAAACGUAAGUCACUACGGGCUGCAAUAAUGCCAGCGCAGAGAAGAAUCAAGUCGAAUGGUGUGAAAGAAGCCGGGAGUAUUAGUUUGGUCGUCGACAGAGGAGCGAGACGACGUGACGAGCCUCGAGUACCGAGAUAUCUUCCGGCUUACACUCCGGAUGUCUCGCACCUAGUAGUUUAGAAUAAGAAAGUGAGCAAACGAGAUAGUGUAAGAGCGUUUUCGACGAAGCAGUGUGCUUAGUGCGAGUUUCUUAACGUUCUCGAUAGCGUAAAAGUUAAGCCAAUUUUGUAUGCAGUUGGAACAGGAGCGAUCCCAUUCCAUACAAAUAUGAGCUAACUUUUACGCUAUCGAAAACGUUAAAAAACUCGCAUUAAACACACCGGUCGACAACGAUCAAUUCGUGAUUACCUACUUGUGUAUUGCUAUUUUGUCGUAUCAAAAAAAACAUUACUCGAAUGUUCUUCCAAAAGUAACGACGCAAAUGGUCGUGGUUGUUAUCCAUUAGCACGUUGCAUAAAAAACAAAAAGUACGUCAUUUAGUCCUAAUACGAACUGAUUAUUUCACUGGUUGUAGGACGAUUGGGGGCCAACUGGGCCGACAGUUUGUCAUGGCUCCUCUUCACAAUCGGCCAUGAUGGGUCAACAAAUGAUCGUCCAUCAUCGCCGCCAUGAACGGGCAACUCUCCACACAAUCAUGCACGUUCAUUUACUGACUGUCUACUGAUAUGUUAAGAGGUCUAGGUAUCGAUGAUGGAAAUCGAGGAGAUCGCGGCUGCGGCAAUAUUUUUAGUUAGCUCAUAUAGUCAUUUAGCUAAUGUGCGUGAAAAAAGAAUCGUGAAAACUUUUUUUUUAAUUCCCUUGUAGACAGACGAGCAUACGGCCCAUCUGAUAAUGAGUGGUUACCGUCGGCCAUGGACUUCAGCAAUGCUAGGAGCAGAGCCAAGUUGCUGCCUACUUAUAACGAUAAACAAGAUGGAGGAAGAGAAGGUGGUGGGUGGUGGCUAUCAAUCAGAACAAAACAAGGUCCAUGCAACCAUAGUUUUGUAGUCGAAGCAAUUGACACAUACUCGAGACAACUAGGUACAUCCUGACUAAUCGGCGAUAGUGUGGACGCUCACACAAUCAUGGGCCAUCAUUCCUUUGAUCUACCGACACAACGCCGAUUGCGCACGAUCAUACGCGAUGAUGGCCGAUCACAGACAUUUAUGCCCUCUACACUAUCGUGAAUUUAUAUAAUCGCCCAUCAUGGCCGAUUGUGAAGAGGAGCCAUCACUCAGUAUAGGUAGUAAUCGGCACGAGUCGUGAGCUCUCGACAAAAGAGUGGGGCCGUCAGCGCAUCUUACAGUUAAGGGAAAGUUAAAUUGAUCACUCAUGUAUUACUUUUUAUAAUUAAAUUAACUUCGUUCAAUUUGGAAUUUAAAAAUGUAUCAGUAAUUUUAUAGUACUUUUGCCCGGGGCUUCGCUAAUAUUAUAGUCAAAAAUAACCCUAUUAUUAACAGACUUCCAAAAGGUUAUCAAUUCAUCCCAUUUUCUUCUGUAGAACAGGUAUCUUGUCGAGUUUUUACCGCUAAUUUGCUUUUCCCGUGUGGUAACAGUUAUGGAACGAAUACACGAAUAUAUCUUUUUAAGCAUUAGAUUUUAGACUAGAUUCUCUGGUGCCAUGGAAACCAUUUGAAUAAUAUACCGAAACCUAUUUCUAAUUUAUAAGCUUAUAAGAGAAUCUUACAGGUAGUUUACACAAGAACUAUGGCGCUUAUAAACAAUUCCUUAAGUUUCGUAACGAGUAUUGAUCAAUGCCCAAGAAAAAAAAAACCGACUUUUACUAAAAAGUUUCAAAUAACUACUUGUGGUACUAAAUGUACCUUUAUCUACAGUACAUUAUUCAAAAGAAGUUGGUGUCUGGAAGAAUUAAAUGAGAAUUAAUUGAUAAAAAAUGUGCGGUUAAUAAACAUAGAUAAUACACAUAAUAAGUUAAUAAAAUUGGACGAAAGUGUAGUUUGCUGCAGUGAUGCGCGUGCACAACACAGGGAAACAAUCACAAAUGACGGCAUGUGACGCGACGCGGGAAGAUCCAAUCACGUAACCGAAAUGGCCGGCGCCACCCCCGUUCUUGCCUCGUUCCCCCAAACAGACCCAAAGAUACACUUCUGCACAUGUCAAGCUCACUCAUGCCAAUUGCUAUACCUAACAGUAAAAUUCAAUUAUUAAACUAUAAAAAUUAGUCACAAUCAGACGCAACAAUGUAGAACAGUGAUACCCACUACUUCAUAAUGUGGAUACUUGGAUACUGGAUAAUUGCGCACUGUGGCAUUGCUCUGUCCUUGUCAUACAUUAACGUUUUAAUUUUAGGUAGUAAAUAAUUUAUAGAAAUGUUUAAUGUAAAGUGUAUGUUGUGAUACUUCUAUUAGCACUCACGUAUUAAGUCUAUCCCCAAGACAAGUGUCAAGCAUGGGCCUCAUUUUUUGUGUAAUCUCACCGAAGGUGAUACAUGUCUGAGUUUGUAGUUAAUUUUUAAGAUAAAUACCGUUCAUUGCGCUGUGAUUAGAUUUUAGUAGUUUUCAACGAUUUUUUAAUUAAUUUUAUGUAAUAAACUACGUAUUUAUAUGGUUUAUUUUUCUAUAAUGUAUUAUAUGUUCGUAAGAAAUAUAUUUCUUUUUUUAUCAUUUCCGUAGUCUAAAUGUGAAAUGUGAGAGACUAGAUUAAGAACAUGUAAUUAUUUUAAUUGCAAUAAAACGAUUGCAGAAAAAUAUGGACUUUUGAUGGUUAACAAUCUUUAAGGAAUGUUUAUGGUGUUAUAAAUGAAACAACAUUUCAACACAUAUUUAUAUUUACAUAGAAUUUGUAACAGUGCUAUGCGGGAAUAAAAGUUUUAAUUUCAUAUGAGCUAACAGUGCUCUAUGGAUUAAUUUCAGCCAAAAGCAAGUCGAAUCGUUACACUGCCAAGAACAUUAAGCACAGCAGGCUUGGAUUGUUUCACUGUGAGACUGAAACAAGACUCCACAUUACGCCCAGCCAAAUCUUUGCUUCGAUUUGAGUGAACAUAACAUGGGAUGCUGCAGUCCGUUUCCAAUCUCACAGACAACAAUCACUGCCUACUAAAGAUAAAGAUACAUUUACACCGAUAUUUCGAAACAUUGAUGGAAGAUUUAAAAUCAUAUUAUUAUACGUAGAACAGAAAAAAAGAUCUACCGUUGCUAAGCCAAAUCGUGGACGUGCUUUAAUAUACGAACGACGAAGGUGCCAAUACGUCAAUUACUGUAACGAAUAACGAUUUGAAUUUUAGACUUAUAACCCGACUUAGUUAACUGUGGUAACAUCUUAAUUAAACCGUUUCCAAAUCCUAUAAACUAUAUUAUCUAAAUUACAUUGAACGUUCCAUUAUUUGAAUGAAUUGCACCAAUAAAAUACUUAUGAAUAAAUUGUUUUUAUAGGCGAAACUAACGUACAGUUAAAAGUAGAAUGGGCACAUCGGAAUGCUCAGGAAUCAGAAAUAUUCAGGGUCACACGAUUACACAUUUCAUGAAGGGUCAACGGGAACAUACAUCAGUAAACAUUCUAACAGGUAAAAUUGUACGCUUCAUCAUAACGAUAUAAUUAAUUAGGCAAAGGAAGAAAAAAAAACACUUAUUUCAACAUUAUCAUAGUUCUACAUAAAUACGAAUUUUUCUUUUUUUUUAAAUAAAUUGUUAGUAACAACAAACUUUGUUCGUGUUCACCGUUGAAUUAAUCGGUGAAUUUACGGUUAGGGUUGCGUCCGAAGAGGGCGUUACGUAUCUCCGGCAGCAGCUGCUGGGCGAUCAGCUCCAAGCGAGACUCCAGAGUGUUGCUGAUCU